ACAAAACAAAAAAUUAUGAAACAAAACUAUUUUAUUGUAACAGCACUCUUUGUGAAUGGUGGAAAUAAUUUUAUUGUCAUCGAGCAAAUUUUCAAACUAUUUCAUAAUAUAGAUCAGUUUUAGUUAAUUGAACUAAUUAGUUUGAAAAGCUCUCUCCUCGAGUGUGUUCGCCCUAGCCGCCACGGGAGUCUCUUCCUUCCGGCGUCGGCGUUGCCAUGGCUCGCCGGCGUCGGAUCCUGUCCUCCCUCUGCUAUUUCGUUCAUCUCCCGGCAAAUCCAAUCUCCUUUCAGUUUCUUUGCUUGUUCGAACCGUAUUUCCGGUUCUGUUACCGGCGCUACUUCCGCCGUAACUGGUCGCGUCUUUACGUCGCUGCCGUUCUGCUUCACUGGAGAACCCUUCUCUCCCUUUUGGCUGCUCGUCUCCUCCUGGCGAUGUCUUUGGUUGGUUCUGCUACCCCGCUCGAGUCUGGAUCUGAGAUCUCGUCGGUGAGAUUUCGGAGAACCUUCCUCUCUCGAUCUGUUGUCUUCCAUCUUCUAGCAAUGUCUUCAACUGCUCCUAUCUUGAGGGUUCAGUCUUUUGGUCUAUCGGGUCCCCUAUCUCGCAGUUCAUACAUCGAUCUCAUCUCCGCCUCUCCGGCCAUCCCAAAGAUCCAGUCGAAUCUAAUGGUGUCAAGUGUUGAGUUCUUUGCCGUUCCUUCAGGCAAGUGCUGCCGUGAUGAAUUUCCCCGCGGUUUCCUCAGCUUCCCCUUCCAACAGGGCAUCGGAUGCUUCUCCUGAUCUCUCUUGCCUGCAUUGGAUACUUCUCCGUCAGCCUAGAGGCAUUGGUGAUGGCAUGCAGGUCAUUCUGGUUGUCCUUUUUCAGCCACCUAUCCCUUCCGCUUUGUUUUGGCGGGUGGGUCAUUGCUUUGGGGUUUCUCGUUUAACCCUCUUAUGUGAUGAAUGUUCUUAUGAGGCUUUGCCUUAUGGUCUUAUCAACGGUUUAGUAUUUUGGGGCUUUGUCUCCAUUGCAUUUACAACCAAUCCCAGAAUUGCUUUCUCUGCCCAAGUGGCAGUUUCAAGCUUGAACUUUGGAGCGCUUCUGCUGCUCAUUGUUCCACAAGAUGCCCUUUCGCUUAUUGUCUCUAAUGUUGUCAAGGUUGGAGGUCUCCUUGUUGAUGUUGUUGUCUUGAGUGUUAGGUUUGCUCUUGCCUAUCCUUUUAUCUACAGCUUUUGGCUUUCUUGUAUGGAGUUUGUAGCAGUUUUGGCGUUUAGCCACUUUGUUUGCACUUUGGGCAUGUCCGAGUGCGAUUUCCUCUUUGUAACCGUUUGAUUUAAAUGAAAAUUCUUGGUGCACACAAAAAAAA